UACAAAACAAUAAUUUUAAGUAAUUUUCAGGCUUGUUUUAUACAGUUAUUUAGUAAAAUAUCACAUCCAUACUUUGUUUAUUUUAAUUUGUAAUCAAGGUUUUCAUUUUUUAAAGAUAAACAGCUAAUAUUUAGGAUGCCAUAUUACUGCACGGUACCACAGUGCACUUCUAUGUCGGGAAAAAUAAAAAACGUAUCAUUCCACCAAUUUCCACGCGAUAAAGAACUAGCAAACUUAUGGAACACGAUAUUGAAAAGAGGCAAACCGUAUACUAAAUAUUCGAAAGUUUGUAGUUUGCAUUUUAAACCAGAAGAUUUUAAAGGUGUGUGGAAGACUUUGAAGAGAGAUGCAAUACCAUCAAAGAACCUACCUACAGUGACCCCUAGACAGAGCUUUAAUAUAGAAGAAAAUGGUGAAAUGGUUGAUACAAAGAUGCAGCAACAGUUGGCAGCAGCUAUUUACUCCCAGAGUAUGUUGGCCAUGCAAGCCGCUGCUUUAAUGAUGAAUGCAUCUAAAUGUGAUGAAUCAUCUUCUAGUGCUGAGGAUGCAAAGUCUUCCAAUAGUUUUACAUCUGACAGCCCACAUCUUCUUCCAAAUCCACUGCAAAUAACUGAAGAAAAUAUUGAAUUCAUCAAAAACUUGCUAAGCAAUGGGCACGGCAUAAUUGAAAAUAUGAGACAGUCCAGACAAUUGAGAACAUUCACUUGCAGUAGAUGCCUCAAACAUUAUAAAGACUAUGAUGUGUAUUUAUUGCAUAAGAGAACCCACAAGGAUGAGAGUGAUACGGAAAAGGAAAAUGUUAUUGCUAACCAGGAGGUACUGAGAGCUAACCCUAUUCUGGCUAACUUGCUCACUUCUACUGAAGACAACAAUACAGAUAGUGAGGAAGAAAAUUCUUUAGUUGCAAACAUGAAAAUUUAUUUGAACAACCUUGCAGCAGCGAUGGUUAAAGAGUCUCAUGUUUUUAAUGUAAAAACAGAAGAGACAAUGAAGAAAGAAUGUGAUGAUGCAGCUGGAGAGGAUUGUGAAAGAACAAACAUAGAUCAAUGAUCUUCUAGAUAAACUCACCUUAUAGAGUCAGUUUUGGAAUAUUGAGCCGAGUGUAGCAAAACAAAAGAUCUCAAAUUGGUUAAGACGAGUGUAGUAAACUUUUAAUUAUACUAACCACUCUUAAUUUUAAGAAUAUCUCCUUUAUUUUUUAUAAUUAAACUUUAAGACUUCAUAAGACUGAAUUUCAUCGCAUCUAUUAUUUUCGUUGAACUGAUCAAGCAUUUAAACAUCAUAUUAUUAUUUAAUCAAUUUUACGUAUUUGAAUCACCAGAUCAUAAAAAGGCAGUUUACAAUU